CAGUACCACCUGUGACUAAUAACUCGUGCCAUCACUGCCUGUUGCGUCCGUGCUUCGUUUGAAGACCUAGUUGUUUUCAUUUGUGAAAAUGACAAAAAACGGCCUCAUUUCAUAGGCCUAAAUAACGUUAUCUUCAUUGGACAAAUUACAAUAGCAACGUCGUUUAAUCUGCCAACGCGUAAAGAAUGAUGCGGAUCCGUUCCAACGUUCUGCAUAAAUGAGAAAUGUUUCCGCAUAUCGAUCAUAUUUUCUCCACGAAUGUAGCCGCGUCCUCAAGAGAAUCCCCCUUUAAGUUUUAAGCACGACUCUAUGAUUGCCAUUAGUUGAUUCAGCGUCAAGAAAUUGUUCUUAGAAAGCGCUGGGUGGUUUUGGACAACGCUAAGUGACUGCCGAUGGACUCAUUGCUCGUGUUAACUGGUUUUGAGUAACUGGCAUCUCGGGAGGAACAUCGCGCCGCGCGCUGACAGAUCUUGGUGAUACUGUGGUCAUAGUCAUUGCGAUGUCCACAAAGAAGGCAUCGUUGAAGGAUAAAGAGACUAAAAACGGAACAUCAAAAUAUGUGUUGGAGAGAUGCGCCUCGGUUUGCGAGUAUUUUGACAUUGCCUUCAAGGUGAUGCUGCUGGGAGACUCUGCGGUGGGGAAGACGUGUGUGCUGGUGCGCUUUAAAGACGGGGCCUUUUUGGGAGGCAACUUCAUAGCCACCGUGGGAAUAGACUUUAGGAAUAAAGUUGUGACGGUGGACAACGUGAAGGUCAAACUCCAGAUCUGGGAUACUGCAGGACAGGAGAGAUUCCGCAGUGUCACGCACGCCUACUACAGAGACGCACAGGCCCUCCUCCUGCUCUAUGACAUCACCAGCAAGUCAUCCUUUGACAACAUCAGGGCCUGGCUGACUGAAAUCCACGAGUAUGCUCAGAAGGAUGUGGUCAUCAUGUUGCUUGGCAACAAGACGGACAUGGCCGGAGAGAGGGUCAUCAAGCGUGAGGAGGGAGAGAAGCUGGCCAAGGAGUAUGGAGUCCCUUUCAUGGAGACCAGUGCCAAGACUGGAGUCAACGUAGAGCUGGCCUUCCUGGCUGUAGCAAAGGAGUUGAAGCACAGAGCUGCCCAGCAGCCCAACGAGCCCAAGUUCCAGAUCCAUGAAUAUAUUGCGUCUGAGAAGCAGAAGUCUGGCUGCUGUGGUGGCUACAUGUAGCUGAACCUCUCACCAACUGUUACACCACACCAGGCCACAGUGAGAGAGGAGCGAGAGAGAUACAAACAUCUACGAAGGGAGGGAGGGAAAUAAAGAGAGAGAGACAUAGAGCAGUAGAGAGACAGUCCCCCUAAAAUAGCAUCAUCCGAUAGCGAGUAGUCAUAAAGAGCAGAGCAACCACAUUAUGAAAAAGAGAGCACCUGGUCUGCUCACCACCUACUUGGAAAGCCUAUAGCAACUAGACAACCCUCAUUCUACCCCGAUCAGGAGGAAAACCACGUCAGUGUUUUCAGUUGGAUAGAAAUCCUUUACCAGUGUAUUUAAAAUGUGAAUUUAUCUUUGAAACAUGCUGUGAUCAUUUAGUUCAUGUGUAUCACAUGCUGCAGCCUGUCAGCCUUACUCAUUAUUGCCAUAAGGAAGGAUUGGAAAACCAAAUGGAAUUUCUUGCCCCGAUAUUGCCAUAUUUACAAAGAAAUGAAGAAAUUAUCUGAUCACUUUAAGUAAAGAUGUUAGCUGGAAUAAAAUAAAUAUUUUUGGGGGCUCACGGCUUCAUAUGUUUCACCACAUUCUAUUCAGGACUAAAUGCCAUUAUACAUGUUGUAUGAGGAGUACCCUCUACUACUGCGGUGUCAUACACAGUGUGUCCCAGAUGCGGCCUCUUCCGGUUAAAAUAUGUCUAAUGACAGUCAUUUUGUAAUUAUCCUCCAAAUUAAAAUUAUUUUCUGAAAUGUUGUGGUCAAAUGUUAAUUGAGGUGGUGGUCAGAAGUUCCAGCAUGGGUUUUGAUUUGCUUUUAAACGUGCCAUCCACCAAUGAGAGAGCUCCCUCAGACACUGUUGUUGUGGAGCCUCUAUCAGUCAUCAUUAAUGGAUGUUGUUGUUGUGUCUCUACUGUACAUGGGUUGUUCAUGGGUUGUUCAUGGGUUGUUCAUGGGUUGCAUUGUGUAAAAUGUUCCUUUGUAUUUGGUUCAUUAUGAAUGUUUGCUUAUUGAAUUUGCUUGAUGUCACAAUUAUUGUCACUCUCUGUGGAGGUGUCACAUUGAUCACAAAGUGCCAUGGAAAAGUGCUUUGUUAUCGUACAGUAUAUAAAAACUAUUUUUUGUAAUGAA